AUGAACCUUCAUGACGAGAGUAGUGGAUGUCAAGCUCCCCCUGCAGGUCCUAUCAUAUGCAUAAAACAUUGUGGUUUCUAUGGAGCUGCUGCCACCAUGAAUAUGUGUUCCAAGUGCUACAAGGACUCGGUGAUGAAACAAGAGCAGCCUAAGCUUGCCGCAUCAUCCACUGGAAUUGCUAUCAAUGGAAAACCAAAGGAACCUAUUGUUUCUGCUGAUGUACAUGUAAACGUUCAAGCGGAUCCAGCGGACCCAAAAUCUAAUUUUAAGAACUCCUUCUUUUCUUUUGCGUCGCAGUAUGAUGCCUCUGAUCCGAGACCGUCCUCCUUUACUUUUGGGUCAGGCCAGAAUAACGGUGAGGUGAAGCCGCCGGAGGGCAAGAAACGGUGCACUAGCUGCAACAAGCGGGUUGGUCUGACAGGGUUUAGCUGUCGUUGUGGUGACCUGUUUUGUGCGGUACAUCGUUAUCCGGAGAAACAUGAAUGUUCUUAUGAUUAUCGUUCUACAGGUCGUGAGGUCUUGGCUAAAGCCAAUCCUGCUGUCAAAGCUGAGAAGCUUGAUAAAAUCUGA